AUGCUGGAGACCAUAGCGGUGGCGGGCAUCUGGACCAAGGAGCGUCGCAGGGCGGCCAACCUCAACCAAGAAGGCGACGACACCUGCGCGAGAUGCGGCGAGGCGAUAGAGACAGAGGAACACCGCUACUACGCAUGCCCUGCCAACGCAGAGAUAGGGCACAGCAGUGACACCGACCUGGCGAAGAAGGCGAAGGACGCGCUGGACCAGCGGCAAGACCUGCACUUCUGGCUCAGAGGCAUCCCGCCAGCGGCCUGGGCAGCCAAGGUCGACCCAGACGAGGACGCGGCGAAGGCGGCGCAGAUCUUCUGCACCAGCGAAGAGGCUCAGGCAGCAGCCCAGUCAGGGCACAAGGUUCGAGCAGACUAUGUCUUCACGGACGGCUCAGGCGGUGCAGGGGAAACGGCCAAGGACCCCCGCCUCAGACGCUGCGGCUGGGCAGUGGUGGCGUUCAGGCUCGACGAUCAAGGACGUCCGCAGGAAGUGGCUGCCUGGUACGGCACGAUCAGGGCACCGCACACGGUGCCGCGGGCAGAGCUCACCGCCAUGAGCAAAGCCAUCGGGUACACCACGGCGGCGACAGCCAGGGGGCUCAACAUAGUCAGCGAUUGCAAAUACGCCCUGGACGCACUCAAGCAGAUCCAGGAUCCUGAGGAUCUGGACUACAGGAGCACGAACUACGACCUCUGGCUCCAGACGAAGCAGCAGCUGCAGAACAGCACGGACACCAUCAUGGGCCACCACAUCCCAAGCCACUUGAUUGAGCACCCAGCCGAGCUGGAGAGGUGGAAUGGUCCCACCUGGUGGGUCAUAGGAAACGAGAUGGCAGACAAGUGCGCAGGCUGGGGAGCGGAGCAUGGAGCACUGGAUCCAGCCAUCAUCGCGCAGCAGCAGAUCAGGGACCAGAUCACCAUGGCGGUGCAAAACCGGCUGCUGGCCAUCAACAUGGCGGUGACGGUGGAGGACCCCAACAAGGCCCCUCAGCGUCCCAAGGCCAAGCGCCGGAAGCCGCAGACGGCGAGGGACAGGGCAGCCCAGCUGGGACACGACUUGCGCAAGCUACAUCCGCGAUGGUUGUGUGCUACGUGUCGCAGUGGCCCAGCCAAAGGACAAAGCAUCAGAGACUGGUUGGCAGAGACGGGAGAAUGCCUCGGGAAGUACGGCGGCCACCAGGACCAGCACGGCAACGUCAGGCUCGACUUCAAGGCGGUGCAGAUCGGCACGCAGGUAGUGCACGUCUCCCACAGGACGCAGUUCACCCAUGGCUGGCUCUGGUGCGAGAAAUGUGGCGGCACCAGCUACCUCGGGGACCACAAGAGCAGGAUCGUGGCAGGAGUGGCAAGGAAGCUGGCAAGGCCAUGUCAGCCCCCAACAGCAGCAGGGCGGCGGGUCUUGGAGGACACGCAGAGGGGCAAGCUGCCAAGAGGAGCAAAGCCAGCAGCAGACCCAGCGGAUGAGGGUCUCAACGAGAUCACCAUGCCUGGAGAGUUCAAGCUCGGCCUGAGUAACCACGAGGCGAUAGACCUGGACGGGGGCAGCUCAGAGGCAGGGGACCCGCAGCCAGCUCCACAGCAGCCACCCAGCCAUCCGCACUCUGUCGUCCACGCCAGCUGGAGGCUAGUGGACCACAUGGAGGGCCACGCGGAGCAGUGGAUGAACAUGGUCGACCAAGAGGUCUGGGACGACAUGGACGACUGGAUGGAGCACUGCGCACCGUACUUCCUGGCCAUCACCAAUGUGGGUGGCAGAACGGACACGCUAGAGCAGACCAGGGCCGUCACCGCGCAGGAGCUCCAGCAGAUCAAGGACUUCUGCGAAGAAGUCUGGCGCAACACGCACCGCACGCGACGGAGGCUCAUGACCAGGAUGCUUACCCUCCCGUAUGGAACAAGGCAGCAGGCAGCAAGAGUGCACAUGGACGCUUUCCAGAACAGAAGGAACAACAUCCUAGCGCACAGCAUCCCCAGCAGCGAGCGCAGGCCGCUGCCGAGAACAGCGGAGGCCAGCCGAGAGUGGUCACCAGAGAACCUGGACGAUGAAGACUCGACCCCAGACAGUGAAGCCCCAGAGCUGGAGGGUGAGCCGAGCAGCCAGGAGAUGGAGACCAUGGCGGGACCUGAUCAGAGGCACGACGCCAACAGCCUGAUGCAGACGGCAGUGCAGGUGGCAGUAACGCUGACCAUGCCAGCGGGGCCCGACCUGAUGAAGUUCGUGAGCGAAGCCGACGAGGCCGGCCUGCUCCACCCAAGGCUUCGACACAACAAUGGAGAAGCUGACCAGGACCCCGAGCAGGAGGUGGCGUGGCUCGAGAGGAACAGGCUCGAGCAGCUCAUGCAGUCGCUGGCAGGCUGCUGGAGCCAGAAAGAGGGCGAACAGGGCUGGCCAUCGUGGCAGGCUGCGCGCGUGCCCCAUGUGCUGAGGGCGCUGCAGACGGGCGUCUAUCAGAGGCUGUUCAGCAACGUGUCAGGGCCGAGCCGCCAGCGCAGCCAGCGCCGAGCGGCGGAAGAGAUCUGCCGCCUGGCAUGGCUCAACAGCGGAGAGGCGCGCAGGCAGAUCCAGCAGCAGGACCCGAAGGAGGCAGAGCGGAACCCAGAGGCCAGGGCCACCAGAAACCCCGCCGAGCUGCGCACGGCAACGCCUACGCCCGAGCCCGAGAGGGGACAGGCCACCAUGGACCCCUGCGCGGGGUUAGGCCACAGCCCUGCGCCAGACGGGAUGCAGAGGGGACGUAGCACCAAGGACAUGGCAGACCUCGACCACUUCCCUGAAGAGGAGAACAGCGAGGAUUGCCCCCAGCAGCCCGUAGACAAGCAGGACAGCGAUGACAACCACCAGCAGAUCCCAGAUGCACAGCACAGCAUAGGGCACCACCUGGCAGACCGCAGAGGACCCCAGCGCGGCGAGGGGUUAGGCCACGGCGGACCCCAGCGCGGUGAGGGGUUAGACCGCAGUACCAAAGGCAAGCAGAGGCUCGAGGCGGAGGCCCCUGACGAGCCAAGUGAGCAUGACGCGGACGUCUUGACCAACAGUGUGGUAGACGGGACCUCGCAACUAACAGAGCGGACCCAUACCCUGGGAAACCGACAGACUGAACGCGAGGGGGAGGGCUUGGCCCGCGGAUACCACGUGAACCGCGAACACAGCGAGUGGCAUAGUCGUGGGACCUCGCCUGAGCCAGUGGGCAGUAGCACCGAGGAUGGGGACAGUGCGAGACUCGGCGCUCCCCAGCGUGGCGAGGGGUUAGGCCACAAAACAGCGCAGCCCGAGGCGACGGCAGAUUACGACGACACAGACCUGCAGCGGGACUUGGAGAAGAUUUUCGGCGACCUUCCCCAGCGCGGUGAGGGGUUAGACCGCAUGGAACCCCUGCGUGGCGAGGGGUUAGGCCACGGCAAUCCCCUGCGCGGUGAGGGGGUAGACCGCAAGGCCAAAGGCAAGCAGAGGCUUGAGGCGGAGGUCCCUGACGAGCCCAGUGAGCAUGACGCGGACCUUUUGACCAACAGUGUGGUAGACAUGACCUCGCAACUAACAGAGUGGAUGGCGUAUCCGCACCCUUCGCUGCCAGAGCCUCCGUUCAGGGUGCACCACGUGGGCGACCAGAAUCUGGAGACGAGGCGAUACGAGACGAUUGCGGCACAAGCCCUCAUGACCCAUGGCCAGUUGAAGAGGCCGCUCAUCUCGGCCACCUGCGCCGGGGCCCCCGCGUCUGCGCGGUCUAGUGGCGGCUACGCUUCAGCGCGCACAGAGGGAACGCCGCUGCAACAGGAGCGCGGUGGCGACGACGAUCUCAGCUGA